AUGAGACAGACAAAUCAGACACAGGUGACAGAAUUCUUCCUCCUGGGACUCUCUGACAACCCGCACACCCAGCAGCUGCUCUUCAUCUUAUUCCUGGGUGUCUAUCUGGUCACUGUGCUUGGAAAUGUGCUUCUCCUGACCCUUGUUCAGGUUGACUCCCGGCUUCACACACCCAUGUAUUUUUUUCUCUGCAAUUUAUCUCUGGCUGACCUCUGUUUCUCUACCAACAUCGUUCCCCAGGCCCUAGUCCACCUGCUAUCCAGGAAAAAAGUCAUUUCAUUCACACGUUGUGCAGCUCAGCUUCUAUUCUUCUUGAUUUUGGGGGGUACACAGUGUGCCCUUCUGGCAGUGAUGUCCUAUGACCGGUAUGUGGCCAUCUGUAAGCCUAUGCAUUACCCCACCAUCAUGACUUGGAAGGUGUGUGUCCAGCUAGCUGCGGGAUCAUGGGCCAGUGGCAUUCUGGUAUCUGUGGUGGAUGCCACCUUCACCCUAAGGCUACCCUACAGAGGCAGCAAUAGUAUUGCUCAUUUCUUUUGUGAGGCACCU